GAAGCCAUCUAAUUCUUUCUAUAUCGCCUUUUGAACGUACAACUAGUGAAGUCUAUACCAUGUCGUUGCAUGAAUCGUUUCCAAAUAUGUUCACAUUCCUAGUCUAGAUUGAUUCUCUACCACUCGAUCUGGCUUCGGUUAAAAAUCCUUGCCAAAUUUGAGCUCGGUUCUAGUUACGAUGCAUCCGAAGGCAAACGCGCAUUAAUUUCUCACACCCCAGAAAACAACCCACAUCGUAAUACUGGAAAAGAAAGAGGACAGCAAAAAAGUAGCUCAAGAGACCGUCAUCUACCCAUCCCACAUUCUACAGCCCACCCAUCUCCAAAUUACCCCAGGAAAAACUUCCCGAAACGAGACCACCCAACGGGAAUCAAAGACCCUUGGCAUUGCCUUACGCACAUUCCCGAACGAACGAAAGUCGAUCUAGCAAUUCCCAGCUAAAUCAUUGCCGUGCGGCGUAUGUGCAACUUGAGAUUAUGAUAGGCAGCCUAUCAUAGGCCCCUUUAUUGACUUCCAAGAGCCAUGUAUGCACCAAAUUACUCUUUUGGACAGGGGAACAAUACGCAGUCUUUCAAUCCCAAUGGCGGCCAUCCACAGGCUCCCCAAAAUGUCCAUCAACAAGGUCAACAACAGCCUCAGCACAUGAUGUAUAAUGCUCAACAAUACGGGCCCGGAGGUCAUCAAUCUCCUUACGGCGCAUCUGGCCCCGGCAUGGCUGGUAAUGCGGGUGGGAUGGGAAUGAUGCAGAACAGCGGUUUGGCGCAUAUGGCUGGUGGAAAUGGUGAGUUGCACAUUUAUAAUUCUCCUGUAAUCUGCUAUAAGAACUCAUUGCAGCUGCAUAUCUUGCACACGCGUCAAUGUUCAGACGAAAGACUACACAGUUCCUGUACAGUAGACUAUGAAGGGUAUGCGAGGUGUCGAAUAUACAUGCAGUCAUUCACGUUGAGCAGAAAGUUCCUUCCUAUCAGACGCCAUAUACAAGCUCUCCUUACGGCAACAAUAUCGCUACAUCAUCUUCCGUAUCACACCCUUCGAACUUCAUGCCGACCGCAUCGAAUGCGCCUCCACAAUAUGGGAUGAACCCUUCCGCGAUGAUACCACAGCAGCAGCAUCAAAUACAGCGUAUGCAGCCACCGCCAUCUUCUACACCGACGCCGACGUCGGCGAAUUCCCGCGUUUCUCCCUACGGAAAUUUUCCCCAGAGCACACCACCAAGCGCGUCAAACGCGCAAUUCGCUGUACCACCAAAUCUCAACCAGCAACAUCAUCAAACCCCUAACAACAAUCAACAAGGAGGAAUAAGCUUGACCCCGCAGACCCCAAGUUUCCCACCAGGUGUACGAAAUUCUGAAAACGCCGGAGCCGCCAUGAGCACGCCAUUGAGUCCUGGCUCAGAACUUCGAGAGAAAGAAAGGGUCACCGUACUACUAGAUAUCAAUCGAGAGAUGUUGUUGGAAAUUAUGCGUAUUAUAGCUUUGCAGACUGAUUUGAAGAAUAACAAAACGGAGGAUCCCGCCGAGAAGGCAACGCUUGAGGCGGAGCAAAAACUUCUGGCGACCGAAUAUAUGCAAUGUAUGCGACGACUACAAUCGAAUCUAGCUUACCUUGCCGCAAUCGCCGAUCGCUCUCACAAGCCCGCAGCUCAGAUCCCCUCGCAUCCCGCAAUCAUGUUCGCACCAACUCUUACAUAUAAACCCGCGCAUACCAUCCCUAUAUCUGCGCCCACGAACGACGACGAUCCAGCAUCGAAACCCGAAGAAGGGCACGAAGAUCGGAGAGAGAUAUUAAAGGAGGCAUAUGAACGAUUACAGGCCCUUUAUCCAGGCGUAGAUCCUAAGAAAGAUACACCGGCUGGGCCACCAAACGCAACAAAUCGAGCACAAGCGCAGGCACAGCAACACGUAAAUUUAAUGCAGGCUGCAGGGCAGAAACAGGGUGACAUGGGCCAGGGCGUACAGAAUAUGAUGGGAGGACAAAAUGGGAUGGCGCAAGGACAAGGACAAAUGGUUCAAGGCGGCAUGGGCGGCAUGGUUGGUAUGGGCCAAAUGCAGCAGCUUCAGCAGCAAGGUCAACAAAACAUGGGAAUGCCUGGUCUUAACCAAAAUCAAAAUCAAUUGCAGCAACAGCAGCAGCAGCAACACCAGCAAAAGAUGCAAAACGAGAUGAUGAGACAGAGGAUGAUGCAGGAAGCCCAAAAGAACCAAAUGAUGAAUAUGGGACAAAUGCCGGGAAGAUAAAUAUUUUUUCGGCAUGAAACAAUGUGGUAGUUGAGGAGAAUCGGUAUUGAUGUGGCAUUUGAUGGGUGUUGGGUAUCAAAACUUGAUGAGGGAUUGGCUACAUCGGAUGACACAGGCUCAGGCGUAUGUACAUGCUGUAUGAUAUAUGGCGUUGGGUAAGGGGGGUUUUAUGCUUAUAGCAGUGGAACAGGAUAUUGCAUACAUGGAAUGGUUAAGGAUUACUGAACUACAUAUAUACCUAGAUUUGAUGCUUCUUGGACUCUUGUCACAGUGUAAUGCCUCAGGUUUGUAUGUCGUGAAGUGUGAAGUGCUAGUUUUGCCAGUUGCGGCUCUGCGGGACGAUGUGCUAUAUAAUGACAGUUAGGUGAGUAUCA